CUGAGAACGCUGGCCGGCAACUCCCGUGUGCGACCUCACACAUAUCGCGACAGAUAAAGGAAUUCCUGUGAUGUUAGUAAAUAAAAAAAGUAUAAAUAAAAAGCGCGCCGUGUUCCCUCUGUCAGUCUUGUUGUGAACUUAAGCUAGUAACCAUGUCUCUUCCGGGAGCUUUUCUUUUUUCACAUUACGUGGUGAGCUUUUGGAGUACGCCGCCGCCGCUGGUGGACUGGUCGGGGGUGCCGACGCUGGUGCUGGCGGUGGUGGCAGUGGUGGCGGCGGUGACGGCGCUGCUGGCGCACCAGGCCGACAGCAAGCCGGCGGCGCGGUUGCCCGGCCCCCCCGCCUAUCCUCUCCUCGGCACCCGCUGGCUCUUCUGGAGCCGCUACCGGAUGAAUAAACUGCAUGAAGCCUACGAAGACAUGUUCAGGCGGUACGGGCCGGUGUUCGCGGAGAUGACCCCGGGUGGCGCCGCUGUGGUCUCCAUCGCUGACCGUGGAGCCCUGGACACUCUGCUGCGAGCCCCGGCGAAGCGCCCCUACCGCCCGCCCACCGAGAUCGUCCAAAUCUACCGCAAGAGUCGGCCUGAUCGAUACGCCUCCACUGGCAUCGUCAAUGAGCAAGGAGACACGUGGUAUCUCUUGCGGCGGCACCUCACGGCCGAGUUGACAAGCCCCAAUACGAUCCAGGGCUUCGUGCCGGAGUUGAACAACAUCUGUGACGACUUCUUGGAGCUGCUGAACUCAUGCCGCCGCGCCGACGGCACCGUCCACGGCUUCGAACACCUCACCAACAGGAUGGGGCUUGAAUCGGUAUGUGCGCUGAUGCUGGGCGUUCGGCUCGGGUUUCUGGAGCAGCUGAUGUCCGGACGAACAGCUGUCCUGGAGGCGGCCGUGAAGACCCUGUUCCGGGCGCAGCGCGACUCCUACUACGGAGCACCCCUCUGGAAGUUUGCGCCCACCACACUCUACAGGACCUUUGUCAAGAGUGAGGAGACCAUACAUACCAUAGUAUCAGAGUUGAUGGAGGAGGCGCGGAACAGGCAGCGAGGGUCGGCGGAGGACGACGGUAUGCAGGAGAUAUUCAUGAGGAUUCUGGCCAACCCCAACCUGGACAUGCGUGAUAAGAAAGCCGCCAUCAUCGACUUCAUCAGCGCUGGUAUCGAGACGUUAGCGAACAGCCUGGUGUUUCUGCUAUAUCUGGUGAGCAGCCGCCCGGACUGGCAGCAGCGCAUACGCAGCGAGUUGCCGGCGUGCGGCGCGCUGCGCACCGAGCAGCUCGCGGCCGCGCCCUCCGUGCACGCCGCCGUCUACGAGUCCUUUAGGCUGCUCCCGACCGCCCCUUUCCUCGCUCGCCUGCUCGACUCACCUCUCACCGUCUGUGGAUACCGUUUGCCCGCUGGGACAUUUGUACUGGCUCACACUGGCGCUGCUUGUAGACGUGAAGAGAACUUCUGGCGUGCGCAGGAGUUCAUGCCGGAGCGAUGGACGCAGAUUCGCGAGCCGCACGCGUCGUCUCUGGUCGCACCGUUUGGCCGCGGCCGCCGCAUGUGCCCGGGCAAGCGGUUCGUGGAAUUACAGCUUCAUCUUAUACUUGCUAAGAUAAUGCAGCGAUGGCGGGUGGAAUUCGACGGAGAACUGGACGUUCAAUUCGACUUUCUGCUUGCGCCGAAGUCACCAGUGUCAUUGCGGCUAGUAGAGUGGUGAAAUUUGUAGCGUAACGCGCGAUUUGUCGAACUUACUUGCCCUAGUUGAGCUACUCCAUGAAUUACUAUUGUAUACCUAAGUUAUCAUCCAAAUAUUUGGUAAAGUACGGUGCCCAAUUGGGCGCGAACCUUGGCUCGGGGCACGAUAGAGACCAAAGAUCCUCGUUAGUUCGACAAAAUUGCGCAUCUAAAGAUAAGUGUAGACUGUAUGCAAAUUUUACCAUUGCCUGCUUUGAUAUGCCUACUUUUUGAAUCGGUGUGCAGUAAAUGUAGUUCUAGAAAACAAGGCCUAACUAUUGUUAUGGACAGAAAGAUAUUUGAUUCGUUUUGACAAAGCUUUGAACCGAUAUCUUAAUUCUCGGGAUAGGUAAAUUGCAGAAAAAAAGAAACUUACUUAUAGGUUAAGAUUAAAAAGACAAUAUCGAUUAAUCGGUCAUUCGAGCCGGAUAAAUUAAAUACUUAUAAGGGAAGGAGUAACACAGGGUAUUGGCACAGUCUGCUCAAAUUUAAUAAGUAUUUUUUUCUAUUAUCGAGAGAUCUGUCCAAAUCAUUGAGGCAGGUAUUGUAUUUUUGUGUGCUAAACUAGAAUUUAGUUCGUAAAAAUGGCUGUGUUAAUAUCAAAAAGCAUAUUUAUAUGAAUAUUUUUAUAAACCAUAAAUACCUCUUGUUACUUAAGACUGCAACUGCCAAUACAUAAUAUGCAUUUUUCAGAGUCGUAAAGUAGUUAGGUAGUAUGCUAAGGUUUUUCUUGCGACGUUACCCGACGCUAAUAUUUACGGUUUAAUACCUAAUAAGCGGUAGCUACAAACAAUUUAUGCCGUCGAGAAUUCGUUGUAUGUACCUACCUAUGUAUUUAUUACCUACUUUAAGUUUAUUAAGACUUGAGCAUUCCAAAAUUAUUUUGCAAUUUUGAUAGUUUCUAAGUAAGUACAGCUUUUAAAUUUACUUUAAUACUAUAUUAGAAGUGGCCAUUUCAUGAUAGUUAUGAUUAAUAGUCUUGAAGCGUGUAUUCUAAGUUUAUACCUAGUUGUAUUAUGUAGUAAUGACGUGUAUUUUCCCAUCUUUAGAAAGCUUUCAUUAGAAUACCAUGUAAAUCAUACUUAUUUUGUGCAUCUUUAAAAUACAUUUGAAUAAAACUUGA